AUGUUCAAGCUAUCCGAAUUGGUUCGCUGGCUAGGCCUUACCGAAUUUGAAAUCUUAAUUAAUCUUUGCGGCUUAUUGGUGUUUACCAUAACGUUGUCUUUUAAAAUCGCCGGCACAUUUAAUAAUAUUUUGCCCGAACUAAUGUCCGACUGGUUCACCAUAUUCAGUCCCUUAUUCUUCAUUGAUAUAUGCAAUGCAUACUUUUGUGUCAUCGUGGGUAUACGAAUGUAUCUGGAUUCGGAUAAUAAACGCAAGGCCCUUCAUCGCUUCAUGUGGAGUACAUAUUUCCUUGUACUGAUUGCCAUCUUUAAGUAUCUGCUUUGCCUUAAGUUAUCGGGUCGGACGGGUCUUGAAUAUAGUGAGGUAUUCUCACCGAUAUUUGUUCUUCUCCAAUUGGUAGCCGUAAGAGCCUGCCAGCUGCCCAAUUCCAUCUAGAAAUUAAGCAAAUUCUUAUUAUGUGACAAAAAAAAUAUAUGUAUACAUAUGUA